UUUAUUUUUAAUAAUGAAAUUAUGCUGCGAGUUGUGUACCACUUUAGAGAUUCCACUACAAAUAAUUUGCUUCUCGAUGCAAUAUGAUUAUCUCCAGUAUGUGAUUUAUGAAUUGGAGGAUUAUUGCAAGCAUGCAAAACCAAAAGAGAGGAAUGUUUUUCAUCAAUAUAUUGAUAGUUGUAAAUCAAUUUAUAUAUAUUCAAUAUCCGCCUUCACUGUUACCGGUCUGCUGCUUCUUCUUAGUCCUAUUAUAGAAUCGCAUCCUUUUCCCAUUGACACAGAAUAUCCAUUUUCCGUGGAUUAUCAACCCUUGAAGACUAUCAUUUAUUUACAUCAUAUGUUAAUUAUAUAUCAAAGUUACACACAAGUAUGCGCAAACAUUUUCGUCGCGCUUCUGUUGUGGUUCGUGUCAGCGAGAUGUGAUAUCUUAUCCAGCAAAUUUCGAGCAGUCACAGAAUUUGCAGAAUUACGUGCAUGUAUAGAAGAACAUCAAGAAUUACUCUGGUAUGGAAAAAAAGUAACUCUUUCUAUUCGAUUUGUGAUGUUAGCAUCGCUGACUAUUAGUACAAUAGUUAUCAUAUUUACUGGUUGUACUUUUCUUAGCCGGCAACCAAUGUCGGUAAAAUCAACAUUUUUAAUUUUUUUUAUAUCAUCUCUUGCAAAAGUAUACUUAACCGCUUGGCCAGCUGACCACCUGCUAAGUGCAAGCACUAAUAUUGCACACGCUGCAUAUGAUUCAAUAUGGUAUAACGGGAAAGUUAAUUUUCAGAAGAAUUUUGUACACACUUUAUUACGUAGCCAACAACCUAUAGCUGUAAAUAUACCCUGCAUGCUACCGACUGUUUCGUUAAAUUAUUAUGCCUCAUACGUCUCGACUGCUUUCUCCUAUCUAGCCACGUUUCGAGUUAUACUUGAAGAAGAUGAUGAUUGAUUAAAUGAAUAUUUCUUUCAUA